GUUUUUUAUUUCGAAACAGAAAACGUAAAAUGCAAAAAUCGAUAUUUUACAUCAUUAAUAGCUAAGAUUUUGUAGAUAAAAAAUGCCAUUUUAUUUGAGACGUCGCUGGGAUGAUUUCCAGAAAACAGACAGAAGUAACUUGCUGAAAAAUAUAUGGUGAAACAUGUUGGGCUUCACUGGAUAUUACAUGACUUUGUGGAUAAUCCUGACAACCGUAUUAUUAUUAUUAGUCGACUCGAUUUUCUCUCGUCCUCUAAGUUUGGAGAAAACUGCAGAAUGGAAUGAAAUAUCCUAUAACCCGGAAGUCAACGACACGUUUCUUAAUAACGAUGAAACGGACUCUGACAAGCAAACCUACAGUUAUGAUUGGACAAUUGAUGGUUCAGGAUUCCCUUUCUAUUCUGAUGUCGAUUCUCCUGAAGUAGAAGAAUCCUGUCCUUUUCCUUGUACAUGCGUCGUGGAAACUGUUGUUUAUUGUAGCAGGCAAGGUAUAACUGCGAUAAGUGCAGAACGCUUUAAAUUAACAAAAAAUGAAAAAUUGUUGAGUGGAUAUUUACCAAUUCGAACAGAGUCGGUACAUUUGGGAUAUAAUAAUUUAACUUUUUUGCCGCCGAGGAUAUUGAAGGACGUUAUGCGCCACGAAAUAAACCACGUUUCCCAUUUAUAUCUACAAAACAAUCAAAUUUACAAAAUAAACCCAGAUGCUUUCCUAGAUCUUGUCAAUCUUCAAACAUUGGAUCUCAGUUACAAUAAGAUGAAUCGGCUGACUCAACCCUGCGAAUACAAAACAAGUGAUGAUUUUUUGAUGAACGAAACUGUCGCCUGCACUUUUAACACGUCGGACACAAUAUUUCUUCAGUCAGUCCCCGACACUUUGACAUCUCUCAACCUGAACAACAAUUUUAUAAGGGGAAUACCAAAUUAUUCAUUCUCAUCUCUACGUAAUUUGGAAGUAUUGAGAAUGAGCUGGAAUAAAAUCUCUUGGAUAAGCAAAAAGGCUUUUCAUGGCUUGCAUAAACUUAAAGUUUUGCAACUACGAUCAAAUCCAUUAGGACCAAGGACGGUGACAAAAAUGGACGAUAUUUUAAAGCAUUUUGUGACGGCCGAAAUAGAUAUUCACCAAAAAGUCGUUAAAAAUGCAAUGCCAGAUAAUAACGAAUUCUACCUGGACGAAAAUGAUAUUAACAGUGCAUCUCUGAAAUCCAAUCGCAGGAAACGAGAUGUCGAGAAUAUGAACUAUGUUAAAAAUGGGAUAUCUUCUCAUCAAAUAUUGCGUACGAUCCAGUUGCGUUCUUUAAAAAAUCUAGAUUUAGGCGAAACAAAUCUGAAUACGUUUCCAGCAUCGCUUCCCUCGUCAAUAGAAAGACUAUACCUUGACAAUAACCAUAUAAGAGAAAUUCCAGAAGAAAGUGUAUCUGGUUUAAAACAGUUGGAAAUAUUACAUUUAGCGGGAAAUCAGAUUAAUCAAAUCGAAGACCGCGUAUUUUCAUCGGUUUACAGACUUCAAAUUUUGGACUUAUCGAGGAAUGAUAUAGCGAGUUUGAAUUCUAAUUCAUUCUAUGGAAUGGAACAUCUAUGGUCACUGCGCCUCAAUGGAAAUCGUAAUCUUUCCCUUCUGCCAAAGAAAGUGUUUUGGUCUCUACCAUCUCUUCGCUUGGUCUAUCUUCAUGAUUGUAAUUUAAGUACUCUUCCGUCUGGGCCUUGGUUAUUUCGAAUAUAUGCAUUGUGGUUGUAUGGAAACCCAUUGACCUGCAGUUGUGGAAACUUGCUUUCCCUACUUGUACGAUUACACAGCCCGUUUUCUCCUAAACACAGUCUGAGAAUGGACCCUUACAGAUCCAUAAUUUGGGAUGAUGCAGAUACUUGGAACUAUCAGCGGCCAGUGAAGAGUAGAUGUAUUUUACCAGACAACUUUAAAGGCCAUAAAGUGGAAGACGUUCGUAUUCGCGACAUGAGAUGUACUUACCAGGAAGCGUACGACGUGGAAAUUUCCAGACGAAUGGCCAGUUCAAAGUUUGUAAGUGCUGAUUAUCAACAAGAUGAAUCAACAACACAAAACAAUGAACACCACGUAGUUACGCGAGAAGAAGAUGAAUUUGAUUAUGGAGACAAGAAAGCAGCUGUUUUCGAUCCCCCUCAAAUUUCAACCAAAACUUUCUCCUCACAAAAUAUAACUAACACCGAAGAAAUAGUGAGAAACGAAUCCUCUUUCAAAAUUCUAACAGAACAAUCAGGUUCUGCCUUGCAAUUGAAGGAAAAUGUAAACAGAAGCACAAAUGGAAUUGCACUGUUAAAUAAAGAAAAAACAGUCACACAAGACAUGCCGACCAAUGGGGUACCGGACUAUGUCUCAUUAGAAGAAAAUGGAAACAAAAUUGCUGAACCUGUAAGUUUUAACAACCUGGCCGAUACAAACCGUUCCUCUGAAGAAUCCCGUUCGGUCAAAAUCGGCACGCAAUGGCAAAUCUCACUUCCUGUUGCUGCUACGAAUGAGAACAUGGAUCUUAUUACAGCCUAUGAUCCAGUAUUUGAUAACGGAGAUUCACAUUCACAAUAUGAUGAAUACUCUAAUCUAGCAAGCGAGAGCAAAAAAGAUUCAUCCGACAUAUUGUCUAUCGGUAAGAAAAUUGCGUCUGUUGGCGUGCGUCCAGCUAAAUAUGAGCGAACGCUGCAUGACAGCAGAAUGGAAUCGGAAAAAGAGGUUGACUUGAAAAAAUAUUAUGACUGGGACGAACUAGAAAGUAACUGGACAGAAUAUCCGCAAGGAUUUGCUGAAACAGCCUACGACACCGGAGUCAUUGAAUUUGAAGGAAAUCAAUCGUCAAAUUAUAGAGAAGAAGUGGAAUUGACGUUGAUCGAAAGCGACAUCUUGCAGCUGCGUGAAAAUCUGAAGGAGCUCGAUGGUUGGAAAUCAUACAAUGAAUAUUAUAGCGACGUAGAAUUUAGCGGGCAAGAUUACGAAGACAAACUAUUUGAAUAUAAUUUUGAAGAUGAAGUUAGAAAGCUGACGGAAACUGGAGCGUCAUUUGACGAUGUUAUAGGAAACUUGUCAGAAAUAUACAAUGUUUCUGACAUUUUCUCAGAUUAUGAUUAUCCACCGACGACGGAUACGGCGUUGUUAUCGAUAGAUGACUCAGUUUUUGACUAUGAUAAUCUGUAAUUAGCGUAACGAAUGCACUGUUUUCAAUAAAAUUUUGAAAUUUGUAAAGGAUUUAAACUA